AUGUCUAAGUCUAAGAACCAUACAGCUCAUAACCAAACGAGAAAGGCUCACAGAAAUGGUAUCAAGAAGCCAAAGACCCACAAGUACCCAUCUUUGAAGGGUGUUGAUCCAAAAUUCAGAAGAAACCACAGACAUGCUUUACACGGUACCGCUAGAGUCUUGGCUGCUGAACGUAAGGCUAAAGCUUAA